UCCGAGCGUGUGUCACCCCGUUAUGUCUAGACCGGCCCCCCGCCACCCCGUAUCACUAGGUAUGUCUCACCCUGCGCGCUCCUGACUAGACCUUCAGAAAAGCGACUCUAGGCGCGGCCAGCCAGGCGGUAAAACAGCCGGCCCUCGCCCCCCAACUCGGCGAUGUUUACGUCUCCACAGAGCCCCCCCCACGCCCAUCACCAAAUGAGGCGGGGAGGGCGGAGUCACGUGACGCUCCUCUCCGCACUACUUCCUCACUCGACGUCGGCGGAGGGAUACAGAAUGACAGACUCACCGGAAGCGUGGUUCUAAAGCGCCCGUGGGAGAUCGGCCGGGCAGUUUGGAUGACCUGGCUCCCGAGGCCGCCCACCUAGAGAAUCCAUGAGCGGGGAAUCUGGCCCGCGGAGAAACCAGAGCCCUCAAACUGUCGCCGGGGCUCGCGCUGCGAUAGGAAGUGCUUCUCUGGUGACCAAUCAGCGUCGAGAAGCCGUUUUAACGUCCCUCCCUCCCUCCACCCCGCCUUCCCGGCUCUUGGGUGGGUCACCCACCCUCCGGCCGUCUCUGGGUCUGCGCGGUUCGGCCCUUCCAGGACACCGUCGCCCGCGCUCCAGCUUCCUUAGCUGGCGGCAGCUUCUCUUCGCAGUAUGGCCGGCUCAGAGACUGGUGAGUCUCGGCCGCGAGCCUUGAUGGAGUGGGUAACAGUUGCCAAUAACCUUCUUUUGAAAUGUCACAUACACCUGAGGAUACAUGAACUUGAAGAUUGUGAUGCUAAUGUCUUUAUUGCCCUUUACCAAUCCAUUUUGGGAGAAAAGGUCCCAGACCUGAUAGCUAUGCCCAGGAACCCAGAGGACGAUGCCCACAAUGUACAAGCAGUGAUUGAUUCCCUGGCCUUGGAUUAUCUUCAGGUCAGCUUAUCUCACAUAACAGGAGAAAAUAUAGUGAAAGGAGAUACAGAAUCUAUCAAGAAUCUCCUGGAAAUAUUUGAUGGGUUGCUGGAGUAUCUUACAGAACACAUCAGUGAAACUUCUCAUGAGAAAAGUGAAACUGAAUGUUAUUUUAAAGAAUCCCAUGGAGAAGGACCUUUGGAAGAACAAGAAAGUACUAAGGAGUCCAAAUCAUCAUGGAAAAGAGUUUCUUUUGGGAGGUGCUCUUUCUCAUCUGAUGCUUUGGGCCUCACCUGGGAUGAAGAUGAAGCAGAAUCCACAGGAGAAGUCAUUAAGCUGGGAGACACAGCACACACCUUUUCUCUAAGAAGUAAUGGUGCCCAAAGUUCAGUGGACAUGCAAUCUAGAAAAGCCCCCACCUCUCCUCCAAGUACUCAACCAUGUGAGGAAGCGUUGAACCGGCUCUCAUCUAGCUUCCUAUCCCCGACUAAGGCAGCAGUGAUGGAAGAAGCAGAAACCCCUUCUGUGAGUCUGGUUACAAGUGCUAGAAAACUAGGUGAGCCUAUCCGAGCAGCUAUUCCUUUACAUCCACCCUACCAACCUUCAGCGCCUCGAGCACCUUACCCCAUAGGAAAAGAAUACCUACGUUCAAGCCACUACUCUUCUGCUCUGAAUUCUACUAGAGAGCACACAACGCUUUCUGUGGAACCAGAUAAUACAGUUACCGUAACUUCCAAGUGGUCUGAAGAUGGUGAAGAGGAAACCUGUCCAGCUCAGGCUCAAAGCCCUAGGGCAAGAAAGCUUCCCAAAGGAAAGAGAAAUGAAAACAGAGCUGCAGCUGCCUCAUGGGAUUCAUCUUUUCCCCAGAAGGCAAGAAAGGGGUUAACAGAAGAAGAACUGCAUGCAGUGUCAGAGAAACUCUCUCAGCGGCUCUCUGAACUAGACUGGAUGUUAAAAUGCGCCCUGGGUGAUCGAAUACAAGAUAGGACUCUCCAUAAAGAUGAUGGUACUGGAAAUGAAGACAUGGCCAGUGGAAAGGAGGAGGCACUGUCUCAGCAUAGUGACAGCAUCAUGGACUACGGGCCCAAGAAGCUACGACCAGGACUUUCCAUGUACAGAAAGUCACCUUACAGGUCCCAUUCACUGUCUCCAUCUCGAGGAAACAAACACAAACAGUUAGAAAAAAAGAGGCAGCACAAAGCAAAAGGAGCAGAUACCCGCAAGUUUCAAGCAGAGACAUUAACUGAAGCAUUUGAAAGAGAACUAAGAAAAAAUAAAGUUCAAGAGAAUAUUGGACUUCAGGAGAUACAUGAUGAGGAGGAGGAAAUAGAAAAAAUACAAAAAGAAGCUGUUCCUAAAAGAGCUCCAAAACAUAGUCAGCCAUGGAAGAUUUACUCCAGAAAAAUGACAACUCAAGGUCCAAAAGGUGGCUUCCCAAAGUCAAGUAGAGCAGCUCCAAUGGAAGUUAAUGAACACAGUCUCCUGCCCCUUAUGCUGGAGCAGUUUCCAUUUCUCUAUGUUUCUGGACCAACGCUAACCAAAAUGUGGAAACAGCAAAUUGCCCAGAUUGAACAGCUCAAAAAAGAUGCAUCUAGAGAAAACCGAUCCAAGAAAAAACUCCAGGAUGAAAUAGAGGAAGCUCUGAGAAGGCAUGACCUCCUUACUGCCCUUGUCAAGAAAGAAUACGAACAUAACAAGAGACUGCAAGACUUCAAGGAACGCAUUCAUAGACAGCGGUUAACCCAAUCAAAGAUAAAAGAAAAUCAUCACCAAACUGUUCGUGCCCGAAAAUAUUAUGAUGAUUACAGAGUUCAGUUGCAUGCAAAAAUGAUGAGAAUGAGAACCCGGGAAGAAAUGAUAUUUAAGAAACUGUUUGAAGAAGGUUUACAAAUUCAGAAACAGAGAUUACGAGAGCUAAGAAACUAUGCCAAAGAAAAGCGAGAUGAAGAAAAAAAACAGCACCAGAAUGAACUUGACUCGAUGGAGAACUAUUAUAAAGACCAGUUUUCAUUGCUGGCUGAAGCUAUAUCCCAGGAACGUCAGGAACUUAAAGCCAGAGAGAAAUCCCAGGCCCAGACACUGCAUAGGGUGAAGCGGGAGCUGAGAUCAAAGAUGGAGGAGGAGAUUCAGCACCUGCAGCGCCUGAUAACACAGAAUGACGACGAUGCGUUCUUCCGGGAACUGGAAGCCGAGCGCUUCAAAGCUCGGCUGCAGCUGGCUUCCUUUCAGUACAGUAAAAAUCCAAGAGGUCAGACUUCAUAGGGGACAUUUCUAGAGGCCUUUAAAAGGACAGAGCUAGAACUGAGCCAGUAAACAGUCUAAACCAGAAUAAUGUUUUUAAAAUGCCUUAUCUAUGUAUUCAUUCUAAAACUUUUAAUUUUUUAAAUAAAAACUUUUCUUAAAGCUGA